CUCAGCCUGGCCAGGUCCUACCCAGUGCCUUACCUCUUUUCCACACGACCAUCACGACCAUUGCCAUGAACCGCCCACGAUUCAGCGUUCUCGAGGAGUUUGAUCCUCUUGUUGCUGAACAGACAGAACCAAUUACUCCCACAGCUCUUGACUUGGACCGUGAAGACGAACUUUCAGAUCCAGAGAAAGAGAACACUGUACCAGCCAAUAUCACCAUGCAUACAUUUUUUACAAAAGGCUACAAGAAGAUCUAUUCGACGCCGGUCAAGCUUACCAAGCGCCUCAUUGACGUUGGUGAUGUGACCGUAGCAUCAGCGGGCGAGGAAGGCGAUUUGAAUGGGGAGGACCAGGAAGACGAGAAUGACGAGGGUCUGUACCUUCCGACGACACCAAAAUCUACGAUUGUAAAGCACAUUUCGAACACACCCCGUACGCCUCUCGCAGAUAUCCCAUUUCAAGAAUCCACUGGGGUUCCUCUUCAUAGGGAGACAUCCCAGACCCAUUGUGAUUGUUUGCCACAACUUUCCAAGAAAACCCUAAGCUUUCAGUCACUACCUCUCCACUCCACACUCUCACUGGUAAUCAACACAAUCAACUCAACGGGGACUGCCUUUGGAAAGUCCCAGUCCGCCACCAGUCCAACGGCUUUGCCCAAACCUGAAGACAACGGUCAUCCCCUAAAUCCCCCACGUACUCCUCGUAUUCAGGUCCAUUCUCCUGAAACGGACCUUGCUAAACCGGAAUCUCUUCUCAACCAUGUCUCUGCGCCCUUUGACAUGACAGAAUUGGAUCACAAUGACCCCGAUACAUCUAGCGAUACCUCGCUUCUUGCACCACCUGUUCCACGGGAAAACCGUGUUCAAGCCUCGUCAGACGAUCUUAUCCGCCAAUCUCUCGAUUUGCACACAUCAUUUCAACUCCAACUCCAGUUCCCCGAGUCCAGUUUCGAUCUUCUCAAUGACAAGAUAUCGUUUCUGGAUGGAAGCUCGAGAGCGUUACCAUCAUUUUUAUUGGAGGAUGACAGUGACGAUUUCGAAGGCAAGAUGCACGAUGAGGAUACAGCCGAAGAAGGCUCAAGUGUCACUCCCACCAAUUCCCUAACACCCGAGAAACUACCCGUUACAUAUGAAAACAUUUCACCAGAAGGCGACCCUAGUGCUCAGCCAACGUCCCCAAUUUCCCCGACAGCUAUGAUACCUACUACGGCAAAAGUAGAGUUAACCAUCGGAAUAUCGUCCCCUAAAGGAUCUAAAGUCUCAUCCAUGGUCCCAAAGGAACCGGAUACAGCCGCACUUCUCGCUCCCAUUGCGGUGGAACGUGGAGCUAUCUUCUCCACUCCAGGUUACCGCAAUAGCGUUCCUUUCAUUCCACCCGUACCAGCACUGCGUAUAAUAAAGCGCACCAAACGUUUUCAAGCCAAAGUACCCAAACCAUCGGAUGCGGCUGCAACAUGUCCUCCUUUGUGCAUGUCACCUGCUUCGGAGAUUUCUGGGGAAAGUUCUGAGAUUUCAGGUCACCGGCCUCAAAUAAUAAAGGAGCAAGUUGCCAGACCUCCAUCCUCUUCAACGACUGUCCCAAUGCGACGCGACUUUGCAUCCAUCAGGGAAGACAAAGCCCCCAGUGCUCCAGCAAUCCGACUCACUAGGACUUCGCAACCAGUGCAACCAGCCAAACCUGGGGGGCCCAUGCCCAUGCGCAUAGCUCCUGCAAUGUUUUCAACCUCGCGACCACAAAAUAUCUUAGCGCAACGCGGCCUUUCGCAUCAGACAUCUGGAGCGGGCUCGAACGGAAAUGGGAAUGUGAUCAGCUCAAGAAGGGUACUGGUGCCUGAAGCUGAUCAUGAGAAACUCGUAGCCAAGCCCAAUCCUUCUUUUGAAGCAGCAAAGCGAACGGAACAAGGCUUGGGAAGAGCUGUGAAGAUGGGCUCAGCGCCUCCAGCUCGUACUACAUAUAAUAUCGGAGGUAUGUCUUCUGGUGUGCCUCGACCUGCGGGAAUGGGGUCAAGACUUCCAGCUCCUACAUCUGGGAUUGCCCGUUUCAAAGGGACAACCACUGCUGUCAGCGGAGGCGUAGCUAUUCGAGGACUUCCCGCACCCAGAAGGGCUACUUAAUCACCCUACACUCGACUUUCUACACAACGUUCAGUCCUCUGCCUUCGAUAUAUGUUGCCGUCGCAUCGAUCUGACAUUUCUUCCUCAUCCCCUUUACGGAUUCACGAAGCCAUAUUGACAUUCCCCGUGCUUUUUCAAUACCCCAGUCCUCAUUGCAUCUGCACAGUACUAGACCAUAAGCAUCCACCAUUUCAAUUCCCGUAUCAUCAGUUGGCUAUUUACUUGUAGGUGAAUAUACACUCGUGUAUGCGUAAAGAUGGGCGGCCCAGCCAGUUCAAUUAAAUAUACAGCCCACUCGACCUAGAACCGGCGAUAUCGUGAAGUUGAUCAGUGCGAGUAAACUCAAAUCCCUUCUUCAGUCUGCGAGACUCGAU